AUGAAGCCGCCCGGCAGCAGCUCCCGGCGGCCGCCCCUGGCGGGCUACAGCCUUCCCCGAGCCUCCGGCGGCCCCCGCGGCGGCCCCGCCGGCCCGGCGCCUGCCCGCGCCCUGGCCCGCGCGCCGCCCUGCCGCCUGCUCCUCGUCCUUCUCCUGCUGCCUCCACUCGCCACCUCGUCCCGGCCCCGUGCCUGGGGGGCUGCUGCACCCAGCGCUCCGCAUUGGAAUGAAACUGCAGAAAAAAAUUUGGAAGUCCUGGCAGAUGAAGACAACACAUCGCAACAGAAUAGCAGCAAUGAUACCAGUUACAGGAAUGCAAUGCAGAAAGAAAUCACACUGCCUUCAAGACUCAUAUAUUACAUCAACCAAGACUCGGAAAGCCCUUAUCAUGUUCUUGACACAAAGACGAGACACCAGCAAAAACAUAACAAGGCUGUCCAUCUGGCCCAGGCAAGCUUCCAGAUUGAAGCCUUUGGCUCCAAAUUCAUUCUUGACCUCACACUGAACAAUGGUUUGCUGUCUUCUGAUUAUGUGGAGAUCCACUAUGAAAAUGGGAAACCACAGUACUCUAAGGGUGGGGAGCACUGUUACUAUCACGGAAGCAUCCGAGGUGUCAAGGACUCCAGAGCAGCUCUCUCAACCUGCAACGGACUUCAUGGUAUGUUUGAAGAUAAUACCUUUGUAUAUAUGAUAGAACCACUGGAGCUGAUUCAUGAUGAAAAAAGCACAGGUCGACCACAUAUAAUCCAGAAAACCUUGGCAGGACAAUAUUCUAAGCAAAUGAAGAAUCUCAGUAUGGAAAGCAGUGACCAGUGGCCCUUUUUAUCUGAAUUGCAGUGGUUGAAAAGGAGAAGAAAGAGAGCAGUGAAUCCAUCUCGUGGUGUGUUUGAAGAAAUGAAAUAUUUGGAACUUAUGAUUGUUAAUGAUCACAAAACGUAUAAGAAGUAUCGCUCUUCUCACGCACACACCAAUAACUUUGCAAAGUCUGUGGUCAACCUUGUGGAUUCUAUUUACAAGGAGCAGCUUAAUACCAGGGUUGUCCUGGUGGCUGUAGAGACCUGGACUGAGAAGGAUCAUAUUGAGAUCACCACCAACCCUGUGCAGAUGCUCCAUGAGUUCUCCAAAUACCGGCAGCGCAUUAAACAGCAUGCUGAUGCUGUGCACCUUAUCUCGCGUGUGACAUUCCACUAUAAGAGAAGCAGUCUGAGUUACUUUGGAGGUGUCUGUUCUCGCACAAGGGGCGUUGGCGUGAAUGAGUAUGGUCUUCCAAUGGCAGUGGCACAAGUAUUAUCGCAGAGCCUGGCUCAAAACCUUGGAAUCCAAUGGGAACCUUCUAGCAGAAAGCCAAAAUGUGACUGCACAGAGUCCUGGGGUGGCUGCAUCAUGGAAGAAACAGGGGUGUCCCACUCCCGGAAGUUCUCAAAGUGCAGCAUUUUGGAAUAUAGAGACUUUUUACAGAGAGGGGGAGGAGCCUGUCUUUUCAACAGGCCGACAAAGCUAUUUGAGCCCACAGAAUGUGGAAAUGGAUAUGUGGAGGCUGGAGAAGAAUGUGACUGUGGUUUACAUGUGGAAUGCUAUGGAUUUUGCUGUAAGAAAUGCUCUCUCUCCAAUGGGGCUCACUGCAGCGACGGGCCCUGCUGUAACAAUACCUCAUGUCUUUUUCAGCCACGAGGGUAUGAAUGUCGGGAUGCUGUGAAUGGGUGUGAUAUUACUGAAUAUUGUACUGGAGACUCUGGCCAGUGCCCACCAAAUCUUCAUAAGCAAGACGGAUAUGCAUGCAAUCAGAAUCAGGGCCGCUGCUACAACGGGGAGUGCAAGACCCGAGACAACCAAUGUCAGCACAUCUGGGGGACCAAGGCUUCAGGGUCUGACAAGUUCUGUUACGAAAAGCUGAACACAGAAGGCACAGAGAAGGGAAACUGUGGGAAGGAUGGAGACCGAUGGAUCCAGUGCAGCAAACAUGAUGUGUUCUGUGGAUUUUUACUCUGUACCAAUCUUACUCGGGCUCCGCGCAUUGGUCAACUUCAGGGUGAGAUCAUCCCAACUUCCUUCUACCAUCAAGGCCGAGUGAUUGACUGCAGUGGUGCUCAUGUGAUUUUAGAUGAUGAUACAGAUGUGGGCUAUGUAGAAGAUGGAACGCCAUGUGGUCCAUCCAUGAUGUGUUUAGAUCGGAAGUGCCUACUGAUUCAGGCCCUAAAUAUGAGUAGCUGCCCACUUGAUUCCAAGGGUAAAGUCUGUUCAGGCCAUGGGGUGUGUAGUAAUGAAGCCACCUGCAUCUGCGAUUUCACCUGGGCAGGGACAGACUGCAGUAUCCGGGAUCCAGUUAGGAACCUUCACCCCCCCAAGGAUGAAGGACCCAAGGGUCCUAGUGCCACCAAUCUCAUAAUAGGCUCCAUCGCUGGUGCCAUCCUGGUAGCAGCUAUUGUCCUUGGGGGCACAGGAUGGGGAUUUAAAAAUGUCAAGAAGAGGAGGUUCGAUCCCACUCAGCAAGGCCCCAUCUGACUCUGCGGCACCGGGUGAGCGGUGCCUCGCACUGUUGGGUUCUGGGCGUGACAAACUCACAGCACCCUUUCCGGAACUGUUAAGUCUGUAAACAAGAACGCUGGGUGGUAAUGACCACAGAACCGAAGCUGGGGGACAGGGACGGGGGUAAAAAGAAACUGUCCUUUUGGGAAAUAAUUUCAAAGAACCCCUCUCACCGCCGGUCAAUAAAAGGGGAUAAAAGACAAUGUUAUAAAAAAGAACUAUUUCACAGAAUCUUUUUUUUUUUCUAACUAAAGGAAGAAGGAACAAUAACAAAAAAUGAAGUGCAAUAAAAGAACCGUUAAAGAAAUAGCAAAUGAUUUUUUUCUUUCCUCAGCCUGCCGGCACUUAAUAUCUUCUAAAUGAGUUGGCAUGAUUUUUUUUCCCUUUCCUACCGAUGACACACUCCGGUGGCAUAAAGAUCUCAUUUCCGAAAGGGUCAAAUCUGCAUGGCAUAUAUACAACAAGCAGCUAGCAAGCCAACCCACAGCCAAACCUGCAACUGAAUUCCUAAGGUGAAGAUGAAAGGCAAACACGUGGAGGCUGCCUGGCCCUCCAUCCCUAGCCUAGACCAGCCCACGAAGGACUCCGGACCCCUGCUCUUGUUGAUUUACUUCCCCGUUGUCUGUUCUCCUGGACCGAGCAUCCUUUGCCAAUGGGAGCUGGGACUUGAACAAUGAUGCUACUGUAUAGUCCUUUUAUAAGUGUAAAUAUGGAAAUAAGAGAUUUUGACACAUCAUUUUCACUUGUCUGUACUGAAAUAUUUUUCUUGUAAAGGUUCUCUGUAGAUUUGAGUUUAUUGUUUGCUCCCCAUCUUUUGGGUUCUUUUCUCUGUUUUCUCUCUCUCUUCUCUCGUCACAAGACCAACACGUUGUUCAGUGAUUUGGGGGCUUGUUUAACAAAGACAGACAUAGCCACAGACGAAGGGAGUUUGGGCGCAAGACAGGUACAAUUUACAAAUGAAAUGCUUUGAGUGACAUGAAAUGCUUGAAACUAAACAUAAGCAAAAGGGUGGGGGGACACAAACAACUAAAUAACCCUUAUUAAAAAUACACAAAUUAUGUAAAUGCAAAUAUAUGUACUGACAAGUCUAAAACUUUUUGAUGUCGUUAUAAACGUAUGUACAUAAUGUAAGAAAGUAGAUGCCCUCUCAAAUUAAUCACAGAAGUGCCAAGCUCAUGAUUUUUGUUUUUUGUUUUGACAAUUUUCUUUCCCUGUCUUUAAUGUGAAAGAAGGAUAAACUUAAAGCCUUAAAUUAAAUAACAAUUUUUAAGCGUUAAAAACUUGGGGGAAAAAUUAAGCUUUCCAUUUUAUUCGUAUCUAUUACUGUCAGUAUCUCAUUCAUGCUUCAUUUUCCUGCCUCGAAAUAUAUAUGGUAGAACCCCACUGUGAAACUGGGAACGGACACAGAAGCAGCAAUUACCUUCUUGGGAGCACUGCUAUCAUAGGCUUUAAGUCUGUGUGUUGUGUUUUCAGCAAAUCUUGUUGGGCCCAUGGUGUGUUCCUGGUCUGUGGAAUGUUCUGGAUUAUGAUGGGAUUCUACUAUUCACAAGCUCAUGGUGUUCUUUUGCCUCCAGGCAGACGUGCGGAUGUAAUCUGGGUUCCCAAGUCCCUUCGAGUUUCCUUCAUUUGCACUGACUUCUUCCAUUUAUGAUCGAGACAGCUUCCGUUCAAGUGUUAAGUAUAUACAUCAAUAAAGAAAUUUGGUCCUGA